CCUGGCUGUCUCUCACCACUCGCGAUAAUGAUGGAGCAUCUGGCGAUGGAGACUGCGAUCCGUAAGUGUGUUCAUCUCCUAAGCACGGGACGGGUACCGAUCCAUGUACCGGCUUAGCUGUGAUGCUUCUUGCCCUAUAAAUGAAGUGGGGGGAUCGACCUCUAGCAAGCGUUCCUCGGAGAGCGAACUCGAGCCUCUGAAAAUAAGAACACUCUAUGGGAACGCAAGCAAGACCGAACCUUGGCUAAAAGGCGAAGUCGCUCGUUGGAACGUCAUCGAAGGCCGCGCGGACACGUUGACAUUCAAUUGCGACAAGAUCCCAAACGUCUGUCAAAAUAUGUGCUACGGAGCGGUACAAUGGCUAUUCCAGGUAAAGGGUUCGGAACAACUCUCACCGUGGCCAAAACGACAGCCAAAUGUCAGAAUGCGCGCAAGAAAAACUCUUGCGGAUCUGUGAACCCAAAUAGAUGCAGCACAAGAUUUCAGCCCCCGGCCGCCUCCGGUAAUUCCUGUGAUGAAUAUCCGUUUGCGAGUACGUUGGAGGGUCAACAGGCUGCACAAGAUCAGGCGUCAACUCGCUGCGUUCCUGCGGGAGAGAAUUCAUCUCAAGGCGGGUCUAUCUCAGGGCUUUACCGAAGUGGAUUAGCAGACGGCACUCAGUUCGAGGUGGACUUCACCUACAAUGGCGCCGCCACCGGAUACUGUCAAGGCGCGCCCACCCCCAACUGUGCUCCGGAUCCUACGGACAAUCAGCGGUGAUCUCAUCGAUGGUCGUACAUCUUCACCCAGGCUUGUUCGUCGGAGUGCUUUGAAGUGCCCAAGUCGCUUGUGUUUCUAUGUACCAUGUUUAUCUCUGAGUUAUCUACUUCUCUCCGAAACUUGUAC